AUGGGUAGAGGCAGCUCUGGAAAACCAAGCCUUCGACAGAACUCCAGGAGUGAGCCGCACAAAUGUGCCUCAGUGGAAGACAGUGUUUACAAUCUCUUCCCACCCAUCUUCAAGCUUCAGGCCGGACUAGCAUCACCAAAAGUCAGGCAAAGGGCCAGAGAUGCAGCAUCAAGAGCUAGGAGAGCUUCCCAGAAAGAAGCUGAGAAGCCACAGGAGCAACUCUCUGCCAUGAAAAGUUGCCAUGUUUCCCUUCCCAACCAGGGCUGGCUUCCUCAGGAGGGAAGUGUGCGGCGGCUCCUGUGUGCAGAUCCCUGCUGCCAAACCUACACUGUAACUCUGGAGAUUCAGCAAUUGGUGGUGGGUGAGAACAACCAGAUCUCCCCCACUUUAUCAAGGCAAUCCCAGAACUCCUCUUACCUAGAGAUUUCAUCCAUGUCUAGUGGGUCUUUUGAGCAGAGUCUGAAGCUUCAUUCCCAGGACCCCAGAGACCUUUCACUGGCAUCUGCAACCCCAACACCGGCACAAUUAACGGAACAGAAAUCCUUAACCCUGUCAGCUGCCCCGUCAACUGGUGCAGUCAGUAUACAAGAUUACUGGGCUGAUCAUCACCAGCAAGAGCAGGAAUUUCAAGUGCCACAUGUGCCCAUGGGCCCCGAGACUAUGGCUUCUUCAAGUCUUGAGGAGCCUAGUGUUCCAGCAACAGCAGGAGAUGAUGCAGAACAACCCCAACCUUGUCCGGGGGAUGAAGGCCAGCAGCCCUUGAAGUCCCACAUUUCUUUGCUACCCCUGAACCCAGAAAUCACUAAUUUGACACAUCCUAUGGCAUUGCAUGUAGUUCUACCUGUCCACAUGCCAUUCCUUAGUCCAGAAGUCCUGAGGCUUUUUGAGAUACAUGUGAAAAAAUGGAUGCAUUUCCCAAGGUGGGGGCUCCCUAGACGUGUGGAGGAGUCCCUGAGACAGCUUAUGCCAGAGCCGACGUUGUCUUACUGACCAGGAUAUAACCAACCACUUCCCUAAAUCGUGAAUAAUAUUUCUAAGGUCUCUUUAACAAAAAUUAGAUGAAUUUUCCACCAGACCUGGGGUUCAUGCAUGGCUGGCCAGCCCACCCAGACCUUCUGGGUUUCUGAAUGGUCCGUUAUGAACCCAGAAGAAAGGUACCAGCAACACAUUCCAAACCCUAUGGAUCUAGCCUUGCCCUCUCCAGCACUUAAAGUCCUAAGUGGCCUCUAUCCACUACCUGGGGGACAGGCUAAUGACUCAGGGAGCCAUCCUCAGCAGAAAUGCAGCCAACUAUUCUGUGGCCUCCCUUCUCUGCACAGUGAGUCCCUAGUUGCUACUUUCUUGGGCUCUCAAGGCCAUUCCAAGAACAAGAACAAGAACAUGCCCCACUUAAAGGGUCCUAUUCUCUUCAAGGAGCUCUCUUUCCUCCCCCUGCUGCCCAAAACUCCACCCCAGUCAGUUCCACCCUCUUCUCCACCUUCCCCAAAUGGGGUGUCCUCAUCUAGCCAUCAUCAAUCCCAGAUCAAUGUCCCAUUUCUCACUCUGGCAGAGUGUGAAGCCUUGGAGUGGCACCUGCUGCAGAGGCAGCUCCAGCUUCAGUGGGGCUCAGUUCAGCACUCCCAGAGCCCUAUACAGAAUGAGCCCUGUGACAAAGCCCAGUCUCCUGAGACUGUGAAAACUUCCUGGCCAGGGAAGCCUGUCUCAGUCCUCACCAGAGAACUACUCUUCUUCCCGGAGCAUGCCCGGAGGCUGCUGGAAUUCCACCUCCAAAAGCAGUUGAUUCACCAUCGCUGGGGCCUGCCCCAGAAGAUCCAGCAGUCCAUUCAGUUGCUCCUUUCAUCCACUGACCAGCAGACCUCUUCCUGGAGCAGCACAGCUCUAGCCAAUGUGGGCAUUCCCCAACCUAUGGCCCCAGGGUCGAUCCCCAUGCCACACUUGUUUGCCCAAGUCAAGGCAAUAUUGCAGAGCCACAUUGACUCUAAGCGUGGACAGAUCCAACAGAGCAAGGUCCCUGCCUGUGUAUAUAACUCCUGGGACUAUACACUUCCUGGAGGCCUGGCAGUGGCUCUGAUCCCCUACGUUCCAGAAAGCCAACCCCUGGAGCCGACAGCAAGUGACCCUAGCCUACAUCACAAUGUUAUGCCCUGUAUGCCAGCGGCCCUUGACCAGCAGCAACAGGCCUUACCAGCUGCUGUCAGUGACCACUCUAAGCUGCCCCGAGCCUUGUCCAAGGAAGCCAUUGAAAAACUGGAGACAGCUUUACGUCACAAGUAUGUGGCCUUCUUGUCAGGGCUGCCUGCUCUCUAUUAUGUGACCCUCUCCAAGGCCAUAGCUCCCAAAAUCACUAGCCAAUCCGUAGUCACAGAGGUGGGGCCUGGGAAUAUUGAAAUCCCAGCAGAGCCUCCGACUCAGGUGAUCUCAUUAGAAGAACAGGGUAUAAGUCUUGGGCCACAAGUUGGAGAUGACAAUGAGACUUGUGCAGACAAUGCAGAAGAGUUCCAGCCUGAAGCGCAGGUGGAAGGAACGAGGGAGAUGGUGCCUCUAGAAAGCCAGACACAUCCUGCUAGCCUCCUCUCAUUCAAGACACAUAUGUUGGCCAAACUAAAUUACCACGUGAGGAAAAAGGUCCUAGAGAUACAACUGGGAAUUCCCAUAAGGGCAAGGGAGUCCAGAGAACAAGCUACGACAGUCCCAGAGAACAUAUCAACACAGGAGUCUCUCGGGAAUCUAAAUAAACAAGGAAAAAAAUUGCUGCAAGAACUGCCCCUCCCGCCAGAUACUCCUCAUGCCCCAGAUCCAGAAUGGGUCCACCUUAAGGAACAGCUGGCCACUGAGUUGAAGGCCGUGCAGCACAACCAAAAGCCACCUAGUUCCAAAUCAGUGCCCCACGGUUCUGCCCACUGGGCCUCCGAGGUCUCACAACCCAGUGGGGACAUGGCAGAAGCACAGGUGCUUUGUGUUCAGGUGGAGGCCAGUUUGAACAACCCCAGCCUGGAGCAACCCUGGCACCCUGAGCCCCAAAGCCCUGGCAAGAGCAAGGACUCAGCCCAUGUCCCAGUGCUGGCAGAAAAGACAGAGGACCCAGGAAAACCCAAAGCAGCAGGGGACUAUGGAGAAGGGGAUGCAGGGUUGGGGCUCUCCUCAACCAGAGAAGAAAGACAUCCUGCUGAAGAUCAGAAACCAGCAGGGAUGCUUCUGAACAGGACACUCCGAGGCUCCUGGCGAUGGAGCCAUAACUUUCAUCCUGCUGAUCCCUGUCGACGCAGCCUCCAGCAUCACGCUCAGCCUAAACUCCCAGAACUACCUCCAGGAGUCCCUGGGGGAAAACAAUCUGCGAAUGACCUGCAAGACAGUCAAACCGAGAUGAAUGUCAGCCUCGAAUCAGCAAGGAUUCCUGAGAAUGCCCAGCCUGUGGUGUCCCAGGCUUCACGGGGCCAGCCCUUCCUGAGUCAAGUAAUGCAGGGUAAGCAGUGGCGGGGCCAAACUUUGCAAGGUCAUGUAUUGCACGGGCAGGUGAUGCCAGCCCAUACUCACAAGAGGCCCAGCAUUCCAGAAUCUAACUUAAGAAAUAAGAUUAAAUCCUUUCUGCACUGUUUUAGCUCCAAAAUGAAAGGCAAAGGGCAUGAGGAAUCCAUGUUCUCUACAGCUGAGAAAGUGGUCAAAGCCAGAAAAGAAAAGGUUGAAAAAAGACCGGCUCCAGCCAAAAUCUCCAUGAGAAAAACUAAGACAGACAAGCCAACCGGGCAUCCCAAGGCCCAAUCUUUCCCCACUGAGAAGCCGGUGGGCCAGACCUCCUUGGAUGCUCCUCAUUCCCCUGACAAUAAGCUCCGGCUAUGCUCCAGACAUCGUGGCUCUUCAGUUCUGGGUCACCCCCGCCACUGCCCUCGGCACUGCCCUCGAGUGGCUUGUGCCACUCAACCAAGAAUCCCUACCUAG